GUGUGUGUGUGUGUGUGUGGAUCACGCCACCUGGGCAUCACUAUAUAAGACUCAGAACAUCAGGCUGGGACCGUGAAAUCGCACUGGGAGCCAGGAAGGAGAAACCAGUGAGGCAACAUCAACAUCUUUGACUUUAUUUCUCUGUGACGACCCAACGCAAUCCAGGUAAGAUGAUGACAAGGAUCUAUGCCUUUAUUGGACUUUUAUUUCUUAUUCUGAUCCAGAGCAGCCAACAGAUUCCCAUACAAGAAAACAUGGAAGAAAACUCCAGCUUUAUGUCUGAGGAUGCACUAUUUAGUGACCCAAGAGAAGUGAGCAACAUGAAGAGACAUUCAGAGGGCACUUUCUCAAACGAUUACAGCAAAUACCUGGAGACCAGGAGAGCACAAGACUUCGUUCAGUGGUUAAUGAACUCCAAGAGAAGUGGAGUCCUCACACGACGGCACGCAGACGGCACAUUCACCAGUGACGUCAGCUCUUACCUGCAGGACCAGGCGGCAAAAGAGUUUGUGUCCUGGCUAAAAACAGGGAGAGGACGAGGCGAGUGACGACUCUAGAUAAAAACUAGCCUGCAUAACUGUGAUAUUCUGCCUAGUUCUGUCAGUUUCACUGAGUCAUGCAAAUAAAUCUUUCUUCAAAUGAA